AUGCUGGGUCCGCGUUUCCUCCGCCCGGCAUCUUCGCUGGUGCGGCCCUUCACCUCCUCCGCCGUGGCCUUUCGCGCUCCCUCAAUCAGAGAUGUAACAGCCGACUCUGCUGCAGAGUUCAAGCGGCGGCAGAAGGAGUUUCGCGAGAACCUCGAAGAGGCUCGCAAGAGAAAGGAACAGCAAGAGAGUCAGUCUGUCAAUGCCUCUGCCUCUUCCCCUACCCGUGAGUCCGCUCCCACUGCUCCGCAUGUGAGCAAUGCGAGUACAUUUGAACGAAUUCGCCCAGCCUAUGACGCUGCCGACGCUCUGGAUCAUAAAGCACUAGGCUCACUCGCCAUGCACCGUUAUCUAGGGAAUGAAGACCUGCAGGAGAACCCCAACAAGCGUGGGCCCCUGUCAUCGCUGAUCUACGGUACCAAGGAGGGCCAGCAUUUCGAUAAGGAUAUCGAGCGAUCGUUUUCGCAGGUGUUGGCUCGGGGAAAGUACGUUCAUUCCGUCGUUUUUCACGAUGUCAAGCCUGAUAAGGUCGAUGAGUAUGUCGACCUUGUGGGCGAGUGGUACCCUCGCAUGGCUGGAACGGAGGAGAACCGAGUCAACCUGGUGGGAAGCUGGCGUACGCAGGUCGGUGACAAUGAUACCUUUGUUCACAUUUGGGAGUACCAGCGCUAUGAGGGCUAUCAUGCCUCGCUCCACAAUAUCUCCACACACCCCGAAUUCCGCGAUUUUGACCGCAAGCUGAAGAGCUUAAUCAAGAGCAAGAAAACUUCUCUCAUGCAGGAGUUCUCGUUCUGGCCAACCACACCGCCGCGUCGCCUCGGUGGACUGUUUGAACUUCGAUCCUAUACUCUUCACCCUGGAAACCUGCUCGAGUGGGAGACCCACUGGCGUCGGGGUCUAACGGCCCGACGGGAGGUCAUGGAGGGUGUGGGUGCGUGGUUUGUCCAAAUUGGAGAGCUGAAUACCGUUCACCACUUGUGGCAGUUUGCCGACUUGGAGGAGCGCAAGAUCCGACGUGAGCAGUCAUGGAGUGUUGAGGGAUGGGCCGAGACUGUGCACAAGACCGUUCCUCUCAUCCAGUCUAUGCAGAGUCGUAUCCUUGUCCCGAUGCCGUGGAGCCCCGUUGGUUAA